CCAGAUGAGGCCAUCCCAAACCCGAUCCGAAACCUGCGUCGGGGUCCAAACUCUUGCCCCCUGGAGACAUCUGACAAGACCAUCACCCCCCUCAAGAAUACCAAGCACUUGCUGGUGUCAGCCUACAUGGACCAAAGGGUGAAUGGUUUCGAUAUACGCAUCAUUAGUAUAUUCAGAAGAGACUCCAUCCAACCCCUUCAGUGUCUUUUCUGCUGUGCAGGCCAGGUAUCAAAUACAACAACUCCAGCUAAAAUUCAUGAACACUCAGACAACUUUGGUUUUCCCUUUGCCACUACGGAUGUCAUGUGUCAAAUUCCUCAAACCUGCAGGGCAACCCAUGUCAGUCUUCUGUCUCAGCUAGAUAGUGUGGAGGUAUCUUCACAGAUUUGGCUCCCCAUAAGAAACCAGAAGACCAAAGGAAAGGAAGAGGAGCUGCAGUAUGACUUUACAGUCUGCAUCUCCAACCUGUUUGAAUUCAACAAUGCACUUCAGUAUGCACAGACCCUGGAGAUGUACAGAUUGCUGGGUGUGGGCAGAGUGGUGAUCUAUAACACCAGCUGUGGCCCAGAUCUCGACCGCCUGUUGCAGAGCUACAGCAAGGAGGGCUUCGUGGAGAUGGUUUCUUGGCCCAUCACCCAGUAUAUGAACCCCUCUCGUGGCUGGCUCUUCUCGAUGUAUGGAGGGGAUAUUCACUAUUUUGGCCAGUUAGCCACACUUAAUGAGUGCAUUUACAGAUCCAUGGACCGGUCCCGCUAUGUUCUGUUGCAUGACAUCGAUGAGAUUAUAAUGCCAUACCAACACAACAGCCUAAAACCUCUCAUGGACAUACUCCAACAGCAGCACCCGAAAGUUGGGGUGUUUUUCAUUGAAAAACAUAUCUAUCCCAAGAAACCCUUUGAGGAAAGUAAAAGUGGUCUCCUGCCUAAAUGGAGAGGGGUACCAAGCUUUAAUAUUCUUGAGCGCAUCUAUAAGUGGGUGCCUGACGGGAAGGCAGAGUACAAGCUGAUUGUUCAGCCAAGGAUGGUGGAGCAGACUUCGGUGCAUUUAGUGCUUGAGAAGUUUGGAGAGGAGUUCAAGAUUCCACCCGAGUUGUGUCAUAUUAUUCACGCUCCACUGAGCACCCAUACUGUUCAGCCACUGGAGAAGAUCCAAUUGGACACCCGUCUGUGGGAUUUCAAUGACAAGCUGAUCCCAAAUGUGAAAAACGUGCUGAGGAGAGCUGGGCUGUUGCGCUCAGAGAGUAAGACCUGAUGGAUGGGAUGGAGAAACACAAAGAGGGAUGAAGAACACUGCAUUGCACUCAGUGCUGCUUCACUCCUCCAACACUCCACCACCAUUGUCAAGGCCCUUGUGGAUCUCUGUCUGGCUCCUAUUUGGUAUAUUUGCUAUAAAUGUGUAGAAUGGACAGGAUUGAUUAAGGUUGAAAUAAAUUGAAAUAAUGUGUCUACCCUGA